AUGCAGCCGAGGAUUUCAAUAAAGAGAAGACCAGGAGGUAAUGCUAAUAAUCAAGUUACAAUGCAAUCAAUGAGCCCUCAAGUUCAAAAUCUCAAUCAUCCUAGUAGUCAUCAUGAAGAGGACUACAAUCUAAGGGACACGAGUCCGCAGCUCGGUGAAAGGUGGCCUAAUGGUGGGAGAGGAUGGAUGAGUGGUGGCGAAAGAUCAACAAGCGCGUAUGACCUAGUUGAGCAGAUGUUUUAUUUGUAUGUUCGUGUCGUGAAAGCCAAGAAUCUCUCCACGAGCACUCUCACUUCAACCUGUGAUCCUUAUGUUGAAGUGAGGCUAGGGAACUAUAAAGGAAGAACAAAGCAUAUCGAUAAGAAAUCGAAUCCGGAGUGGAAUCAAGUCUAUGCUUUCUCCAAAGAUCAAAUUCAAUCUUCGGUUUUGGAAGUGAUUGUGAAGGAUAAAGAAACGGUUGGUAGAGAUGAUCACAUUGGAAGAGUAGUUUUUGACCUCAAUGAAGUUCCAACUAGAGUUCCACCGGAUAGUCCAUUGGCUCCGCAAUGGUAUAGACUUGAAGACAGAAGAGGCGACGGAAAGGUUCGAGGCGAUAUCAUGCUUGCGGUUUGGAAUGGAACACAGGCUGAUGAAGCUUUCUCAGAAGCUUGGCAUUCUGAUGCUGCAACUGUUUAUGGUGAAGGUGUUUUCAAUAUCAGAUCAAAGGUUUACGUGUCUCCGAAACUAUGGUAUCUAAGGGUUAAUGUGAUUGAAGCACAAGAUGUGAUAUCGAGCGAUAGAAACCGCCGGCCGGAGGUUUUUAUCAAAGCUCAGAUGGGAAGCCAAGUACUAGGGACUAAGGUAUGUCCAACUGCUACACCAGUUUGGAAUGAAGAUUUGGUUUUCGUGGCGGCCGAACCAUUUGAGGAGCAAUUGACGAUUACCAUGGAGGAUCGUGUGCAUGGAUCGAAAGAUGAGGUACUUGGAAAGAUAAUCUUGCCGUUGACACUCUUUGAGAAGCGGCUAGACCAUAGGCCAGUUCAUUCUCGAUGGUUCAAUCUCGAGAAAUAUGGUUUUGGAAUGAUGGAAGGUGAUAGAAGAAAUGAGGUUAAAUUUUCGAGUAAGAUUCACAUGAGAAUUUGCCUGGAAGGUGGAUACCAUGUCUUAGACGAAUCGACUUUGUAUGCAAGUGAUCAUCGACCAACCGCUAGACAACUAUGGAAGCAGCCUAUAGGUAUGCUUGAAGUAGGGAUCCUAGGAGCACAAAAGCUUCUUCCAAUGAAGAUGAACAAUAGUCGUGGAAGUACAGACGCGUAUUGUGUAGCCAAGUAUGGUCAGAAAUGGAUCAGAACUCGAACGAUUCUCGACACAUUUAGUCCUAAAUGGAAUGAACAAUACACAUGGGAGGUUUAUGAUCCUUGCACUGUGAUAACUCUAGGAGUUUUCGAUAAUUGCCAUCUCGGUGGUGCCGGAGAAAAAGAAAAAGAAAAAGCUCCUAGAGAUUCAAGAAUUGGAAAGGUAAGGAUUAGGCUCUCAACAUUAGAAGCUAAUAGGAUUUACACAAAUUCUUAUCCACUUCUUGUUUUGCAUCAACAUGGUGUCAAGAAAAUGGGUGAGCUUCAACUAGCAAUAAGGUUCACUACUCUCUCAUUAGCCAACACGGUUUACAUUUACGGACAACCUUUGCUUCCAAAGAUGCAUUAUUUAAGCCCUUUCACAGUUAAUCAAGUUGAAAAUUUAAGGUACCAAGCGAUGAAUAUUGUCGCUACGAGGCUUGGUAGAGCCGAACCUCCUCUUAGGAAGGAAGCAGUUGAGUACAUGUUGGAUGUUGAUUCUCAUAUGUGGAGCAUGAGAAGAAGCAAAGCGAACUUUUUCCGCAUCAUGUCGCUUUUCUCUAGCGUGAUCACAACGGGGAAAUGGUUCAACCAAGUUUGCAAUUGGAAGAAUCCGGUCACGUCGGUUCUAGUUCACGUUCUGUUUCUGAUAUUGGUUCUGUAUCCAGAAUUGAUUCUUCCAACGAUAUUUCUCUACAUGUUCUUGAUCGGUUUAUGGAACUAUCGGUUUCGUCCGAGAAAUCCAACUCAUAUGGAUACUAAACUCUCAUGGGCUGAAGGAGUAAACAUCGACGAACUUGAUGAAGAGUUCGAUACAUUUCCAACUUCUAAACCUCAUGAUGUUGUAAGAAUGAGGUAUGAUAGACUAAGAAGUGUUGCGGGAAGGAUUCAAACUGUUGUCGGAGACAUAGCUACACAAGGAGAGAGGUUUCAUUCUCUACUGAGUUGGAGAGAUACCAGAGCAACUAGUCUCUUUAUAAUGUUCAGCUUAUGUUCUGCGGUGAUUCUCUAUGCAACACCACCAAGAGUGGUGGCUCUGGCUGCUGGGUUGUACUUUUUGCGGCAUCCAAAGUUUCGGAGCAAGAUGCCUUCUGUUCCAAGCAACUUCUUCAAGAGGCUCCCAGCUCAAACUGAUAGCAUGCUGUGA